AAAUGUUUCGCUGCCUGUGUGUCCCACAGGUAAAGGGUUUCGACAGUUCAGUCAACCACAUUGCAGCAAGCCCCCUCCCCCCCUCCCGCCUCAAGAAGCUCGAUCCGGAGGGAGCCACUGGAUCCAGGGGUGAUCGCAGGAGGCCGGAACGUCAGCACCUUUGCAGAAUCACAUAAAACAGAAGAUGGCUCGUGUUGGACGACCUUCGCUUUUCUUGAUCCACACAGGAUUCCUGUUAGCCAUCGUUUUACUACCAGAGUUUCUGGGGGCCGUUCCAGUGGAGCAGCGCGGGGAGGAGGAAGUACCCGACGUGUCUGCUGGUGUUGUGGAGACGCCUCUGGUUCGCAGCAGAAGGAACGCCCCCGUCUUUGCCUUGCCUCAGUACCAGCGCCUGCCGGACUUCUGGGGAUGGUACAAGUACUUCAUGCAGAGCCACAACCAGGAGGGAAUUGAGGAUCUGGAUCGUCUGUACGUGGCCUACCUGCAGAACAAGCACAGGUCAGAGGAGGACCCAACUUUCAACCACUACCUCAAGCACCUCAGUGAAAUCUACAAGUCGUGUGCCGAUUCCGACGACCCGGAGUGCAUCUCCGAGUCCACCAGCAAGCCCAAGGCUACGUUGGUGAUGCCCGCCCCCAUCAAGUCCGCUGCUGUCAGGAUGUGCAACCCUUACCUCGACCCCUACUGCCUCUUCCCCCUUGUCCCCCAUGCUGCUGCCCCGGAGCCCGUGCCAGCUCCAGCUAAGGUACCAGCCCCCAUCCUCACUCCCAUGCUGCCCAUGCCCCUGAAGAGCCCCACCGGCUUCUACUACUACGCCCCCGUCCUGGAGCCUUUCUUGAGCGCCGAGCAGAGGUCCGAGCUGUUGAGGAUCUGCAGGCCUGAAGACGUGGAGUGUCUGCAGUAUCAUCUGAGAGCAGCUUACGGCUACCGCCCAGCCGCCGGGCCGGCGCCAUCCUACGCCGCGCUCAAAUGCGACCCUCGGGAUCCCUACUGCAUGCCCCCCCUGGUGCACAAAGCCCCCACUGGCUUCUACCACCUGCUCUACCCGAGCUGUGACCCAGCGGUGGAUCCCCUGUGCGCGGCCAACGUUGCUGCUCCCGCCCCGCUUGCCGCAGGGGAGGCCCCCAAAGAGCAACACUGCAACCCGCUCUUCGAUGGCGGCUGCAACCCUCUGACCGCCACCAAGCUGUCCGGUCUCACCAAGCCCGUGCUGGAGUACAUGCCCCAGGACGAGCCCGCACGUCCCGCCGCUCCACUGGUCUGCGAUCCUCGCGAGAACCCGCUGUGCAUACUGACGGCCGCCGCCGCCCUGCGCAGGCCCGCUGAGCACCAGGUCCGCUACAAGCUGGGCAUCCGCGGCAAGACCAGGGACGGCCACGACUGCUACGUGCACUAUGACAAAGACUGCACGCCGCUGGAGCCCGGCUCCGAGGCGGACGCCGGGGCCCCGGCCAAGCCCUUCUGCCAUCCGUUUGACCCCAGCUGCGCCAAGUUUGCCGCGCCUGCCAGCGUCGAGGCCCCGAAGCCAGGCAAAGGCGGCAUAAUCCUGCCCGACCCCGACUGCGACCCCGAGCUCGACUACAACUGCCGACUGCGCCGCGCCACCCGGGCUGCGGCAGGAGAAGAGAAAGCUGCCGGGGAAGCCUCCGUUUCACGUUUCGAUGAGUUCCUCAGGGGCGUCAUGAGCCAGCACAAGUAGAAAUAAAGAAGAAAUAACCACAGAUUCGGCAUCUGCUAGACGAUCGACCCGGCAGAAGUGGGGCGCACUCCGUCGUCUCUCAUGGACUUCACGCAGCGCGGCCAGUCACCACGUCAUCAAUUAAUCAGUUACAUAACUGUUAUAUCAAUCAGCUUUUAGAUAGAGAAUCAGAUUUUCCCAGAAAAUUCCCAGAAAUUUUCCCAGAAAGUUUUUAAUAAAAAGGGAAUAAUUCAACAUAGAACAUGUGGAGCUUGUGUAUUAAAUACUUUGUGUGUGUAUGUUUGUAGAAAAGAGUUGUAUGUAUAGAUGUGAUAGAUUAGGGGUAGUUUCAAUCUGUGUCAGUGGGAAAGAAUUUUUUUCUGUUGUACAUUCGCUGUUUUCAACUAUUUAAUGUUUUUCACAUUUUUCUGUAACUCUAAACCUCACAAUGCUUCAUCUGUUUCAUUUUUAUGAAGUUCUAAGUAAAAGAAAAGAUCUGAAAAACGUCA